AUGGAGAUGGCAGCGAAAGAGAUGAGAAAUUUAAGGAAGAAUAAGAUGAGAUUGUCAAGGGAGAAGAAGAUUAGAAGAUCAAAAGAGAUCUGUGAUACUGCUGCUGCUGCUGCAUAUCCUAUGGAGAUGACAUUAAAAGAGAUCAGAGCUUUAAGGAAGAAUAAGAUGAGAAUGUCAAGACAGCACAUGAUCAUGAGAACAAUACCAAGGUGUUCUCUUGGGGAUAAUUUUAACAAGGAAUAUACUGACAGAUUUAUUAGGUUGAUAGAGAUUGCCAAUUCAUUGGCAGAUACAAUGAGUUUGGGAGAUUUAUUUCCAUGGCUUCAAUGGUUAGAUAUAGUCGGUGGAUAUGAUGCAAAACUGAGAAAAGCUGCUCAAGAAUUAAAUAUUUUCUUUGAUCAGAUUAUCGACGAUAGCAUCCAUAUGAAUUCUCAAGUAGAUCAUAAUGAUCAUGACAAAGACGAAAAUAAAAGCUUCAUAGAUAUACUUAUAUCUCACGCCGGAAAGAAUAACCCUAGUUUCCCCAGAGAGUGCAUGAAAGGAUUAAUUAUGGACAUGUUUGUUGGCGGAAUUGAUACAUCAGCAACUGUCGUGGAAUGGGCUAUGGCAGAGCUUAUAAAGAAUCCGAAACUGAUGAAGAAAGCACAAGAAGAGGUAAGAAGAGUGGUUGGAAACAAAAUUAACAAGGUGGAAGAGCACCCUAUUAAUAAAAUUGAAUACUUGAAAUGCAUCGUUAGAGAGACGCUAAGAAUGCAUCCGCCUAUACCAACGUACUCAAGGAGAUCCUCGGCCAGUGCAAAAAUAGGUGGUUGUGAUAUCCCACCAAACAUGGAAGUUUUCAUCAAUGUGUGGACAUUUCAAAGAGACCCCAAAUUAUGGGAUGAACCAGACGAGUUUCGUCCAGAGAGGUUCAUAGACAACCCCGUCGAUUUUAAAGGGCAGGAUUUUCAAUUUAUCCCAUUUGGGUCUGGAAGAAGAGGAUGUCCUGGCAUGUCAUUUGGCCUUACGGUCGUGGAACUUGUCCUUGCUAACCUCUUGUUCGCAUUCGACUGGGAAUUGCCUGGUGGUGCUAGUAGUAAGCAAUUAGACAUGGCUAAAAAAUCCGGUAUCACUACUACGAGGAGAACACCAAUACUCGUUGUUCCAAUACCAUUAUGUGCAACUUCUUCUUAA